GCUGUGCCGUUCUUUCUGCUGCUGUGGUUAGAAUAAAUCUAACAUGUAAAACAGAUAUCGAAAUAAGACGCAAAAAUCACAAAUUGCAAGAAAUUACCCGAAAUCACCAUAUAGACAUAUGUUUGGAAAAGGUAGGACUUAGAAGGAAAAUACAAUUGUAGGGAGCGGUAAUGGAUCUCGUGACGCUUUCUUGAGGGCGGACGGGGCGGUCUUUUUAUGUUUUAAAUAGGACCCGUGGAGAGGGAAACCCUAAACCCGUCCGGACUGCGACCCGGACACUCUGAAGUGAAACUGAGUGGAACUUGGAAGAGAAUCCUCGAGACGCAGAAGAAUGUGGCUCCAGUCGGUGUUGAUACCUCUGCUCAGAUUUUAUAAGUGCGGUGUAAAGGUUCUUCUUUAUCAGAUGUUCAACAGAUCUUUUACCUUACCAGUCUUACCCAAGCAAAAUGGAAGGGUUGCCAUCGUGACGGGGGGUACCAGAGGAAUGGGUUUAGAGACAGCAAGACAUCUGGCCAGCCUAGGCAUGCAUGUUGUCAUAGCUGGGAAUGAGAGAGAAGAGGGUGCAGCAGCUGCCAUGACGAUUAAUGAGGAAGGCUGCGAAGGGAAAGGGGAGAUCUGCUACAGUUCCCAUGCUGCCUAUUCUCAAAGCAAAUUGGCUCUGGUCCUCUUCACCUACUACCUGCAAGAGCAGCUAACAGCUGGUGGCUUUCCAGUUACUGUCAAUGCUGUGGACCCUGGUAUGGUGGACACAGCCCUGUAUGAAAACCUGUACAGCCUCGCACAGAUGUUGAAGAAACCAGUGGCCAAGAUUCUGUUCAGGACUCCAGCAGAGGGAGCAUCAGUGACCAUCUACGCUGCUGCUGCCUCUGAAAUGGAGGGAGUGGGGGGCUGUUACCUGUAUAAUGGCAAGAAGACUCAGUCCUCUGACCUUUCCUUCGACUCUGAGCUUCAAGAAGAGCUGUGGAAGAAGAGUUGUGAGCUUGUGGGCCUUCAGUAGGCCUGACACACUCUGCUGUGUCUUCGAAGGUCAUUUGAGAUAGGCUAUCUUGAGCCACCGCCUCACUGUAUUUUGUUCCGAAACUUAAAUAUCCAGAUUUAUAGUUGAUUUUGAGAUUAAGCUUGAAUACAGAAACUUGCUGCUGUCCCUGUAGCAAAGUAGCAAAAGCCAAAAUCCCUUAAAGAAAAAUAUAAAUAUUUUUUGAACAAUGUCCCAGGUCUGAUAAAGAUGCUAAAAUCAUUCAUGCUAACAAUAACUUCACAUGUUGUUCCCAUGCACUGUAUACACUGUGAUAGCUCUGCUAGUUAUAAGUUGUCCCAACCUAACACAUGCAAAUAUAAUCAAGCAAAACUAGUGAGCAUAACAAUUGAACCGUUAGGCCCCAAGCAGGGAAAGAAGGAUACUUUCAAUUUGGCUUCGAUCUAACAUCCUAUUAAUUGAGAUAAUGUUAGGCCACUUAAAGGUCCAGUGUGUAAGAUUUAGGUGAAAGGGAUCUAUU